UUUCCUCACUUCUCCUUCUUGUUCUUCUCUCUCUUAUAAUAUAAGUGCGACUUCUUCCUUCUUUUUGUUUCUGUGGAAGAGAAACAAAAAGCUGUCUCUUGGGUUUUUGUUCUUUUGAAGUUUUGGUUUGGGCUCUUUCUCGGCUAGUCAUCAAGGAAAGGGAGGAAAAGAAAAGAAAAGGGGUUCUGCAUCUUGAUUCAUACAAGUUUAAGAUUUAGAGACAGGAAAAAAUAGAAAAAGGAAGAAGAUUUCCCUUUGAAAUGAAUUUGAUUCAUGAAAUCUUCUUUGCUGGAGAAGAGAAGGUUGAAGGAGAGUGGGAAAAAGAGAGAGUGUUUACCAAAGCCAAGGUAGCCAGCAGAAGUAAAGAGACAGAGAGACAUACAUAACAUUUAUUAACAACACACCUACAAAAGAAAAAACCAUUAAGGAGUUUUAGUUUGAUCUGCUGCUUCUGGGUAAUUGGCAAUGUCUGCUACUAUUAUCAGUGACCCUAUGGUGGUCUCGGCACCAGAAACACAAGCAACAGCAGCAGCAACGACAGUAACAAAACUCAUCGCGCAGAUUGAGGUCGAGUCUGCCAAAUGUGAAUGCUGUGGCCUAACCGAAGAGUGCACACCGGCAUACAUUGAAAGAGUUCGCGAAAGAUAUCAUGGUAAAUGGAUUUGUGGGUUAUGUGCAGAGGCUAUAAAAGAUGAAAUUGUAAGGACUGAGAGGCUUAUUAGUACUGAAGAAGCAAUGGCAAAGCACAUGAACUUCUGCAAGAAGUUUGUUUCCUCAGGGCCACCUCCUGAUCCAACCAUUCAUUUGAUAGCUGCCAUGAGACAAAUUCUUAGAAGAAGCUUGGAUUCACCAAGAGGUUUAAGGUCAACUCCAAGUAGUCCUACCAAAACGAAGGGAGAAAGUCGUGCUGCUGCGCUUACUAGGUCCGAAAGCUGCUUCCCUACCUUGUCUGGUUGAUGUAUACUAAUGAGGUUCUGUGGAAUAAGCGGUGAUCAAUAAAAUGACAGUGAAAAUAUUGGAAAAAAAGAAAAUUACAUUUCAUUCUGAUGCAAAACAAGAAAGAUCAAAGGGGAAAAAAAAUCGAAGAUAGGUGCCUAAUGUAGCGCUACUUGUUAGUUGUUACAGAACUUCUUGUCAGAAGCUUUUUCCUGAAACUUUUUGUUUCAGUUGUACCUGCAUGUAUAAUCUAUCUCUUAUGAAACUCUGCUUCCUCUUUACCAAA